AAGCUAUCUGCAGUACUUCAACGGACCGUCUAGGGGCGCUUUCAACUGACCUUUACCAGAGCACAAAAAUGGCGGCGUGCAUGUGUAAAAAUGGUCUGCAAAACUCAAGGAGCAUUUUCGACAUAGGGAGACAAUAUCUGGGAGCGAGAUUUUUGUCAAGGUCCAUAACAGCUGUAUUAACACCUCAAAGAAUAUUCCACAGAAGGACCUUCCAGAAACUACUACUACAAGUAACACCAACUCAGUCAACAAGUGUACAGGCCAUAACACUAGUUCACACGAAAGCUCUCCACACCAGUUCUUUCUGUCAUGGGGCAGAAGAGUUCUUUGACGAUCCCAAGAAUUGGGGAGAGAAAAACGUGAAACAUGGUGAUGCCUGGACACUGGACCAACUCCGACAGAAAAGUAAUGUGGACCUGUGGAAAUUGUGGUACGUGUUACUGAAGGAGAGGAACAUGCUGCUGACUCUGGAACACGAGGCACGCAGACAGGUGGAGAGGAUGCCCAGCGAAGAACGGCUCGACAAGGUGACAGAGUCCAUGGAGCACCUGAUUGAAGUCCUGUUGGAGCGAGAAAAGGCGCUGCGUCUGCUGAAAACGGGCAGGGAGGAGGAAGUUCCUGGGAAAUUCCUCUUCAAUGUCUUCGGACAGAAGUACUACCGGCGCUUCAAACCGUACCCCAUGCCAGUGUGGAUGAACACGUCCUUCAACAAGAGAUACUGGACCUUCCCCACCUUUGUGGAGUAUUUUAUCAGACUGCGAGAGGAGAAGCAGCAGAAGAGGAAGUUUGCACAGGCGCAUGCUGAGCGGCGCUGGUGGGCCAAGAUGGUGGAGAAAUUUCCAAACCUGAGGGACCAGAAGACGCCUUGGGAGGAGCGGGAGGAGAAGAAACAGCGCGACAAGGAGCAGAGACUCCGCGAGAUCAAGGAGAAGGACUACUAGACUCUAGUUUUGUCUUUAAGUUACUACAAAUUAUCCCAUAACUGUAUGUUAACAUGAAAAAAAGCAUAGAAUGUGUCUGGAAGCCUCUACAAGUGGUACAAGUCUUCUCAAAGAGUAGACAUUUGAUUCAGGUGGGGAAACAUGAUGGACCUACACCAUCAGUGUCCUUCUGCAGGAACAAUUACUACUUUCUACAGAAAUACAGGUAUCUAUCCAAAACAUCAAUAUGUACAGGAAGCUUGAACCCAUAAUGCUGUGUACCGGUAUUACAUGUGUAUGCAGUACAGGUGUCUCAUUCAAUGAAUAGGAAUUACAUACAAGAGUCAGACCUGAAAACUAAGCUUAUUUUUAUUGCAUUUUUGCAUGAGGAAAUUUGUAGACCUGUGAGACAGUUUCAUAGCUGAUACAAAUAGCUCUUAGCGCAUCUUGUAAAAUUUGGACAAGAGUUUUGUUUAAUAAUGGCUAGAAGUAAAACCAGAUAACCUGUGAAUUCUCUUUACAAUCAGAAGCAUCAGUAACAGACCUGACAAUUUAGGGAGCAAAGCCUUUCUCCACAUUCAUAUUUCGUUGUGAAAUAAAAAAAAAAUACCCCUAUUGCAUACAUGUAUACAUAUGUCUACGUUUCUUUAGUUACAAAUGGGGCUUGGUAGUUUUAAUGGUAAGAUAUGUAUUUAACAUAUUCUUCCAUAAUAAUCACUCAACCUUCUUCAGCUCUCAUUUUCCCAUUAGCAUUCCAUAAACAAAUUCAACUGACAAUUUACAAACAUAAAGUAGUCUUACAUGUAGCACUCUGAAUCUCAACUAUCU